AUGCUGCCGCCGACGCUGGUGGCCGCGCGCAAGCCUGGCGCCCCCCACCGCUGCCCUGGUGCUGCCGGCGGCCGCGUCCUCCGGUACAUGGACAGGCUGCUGGUCACCCUGUGCCUGCUGACCUCGGUCGUGCUUCUCUACCGCUGUCUCGUAUUUACCGGCGGCCUGCUGCCCUUUGGGCCCGGCAGCAGUGCCGACGGUGUCGACGGCCGCAGUGGCGGCACCACGGUCAUCGCUGCCACGGCAACCUCGCAAGGCACGGGCAAUUUGGUUACAGAGCUGGUCAUCGACCGCUUUGGGCGGACCCGGUCCACUACCGUCACGCAGAAUGGGCAGGACAUGUCCAUCACAGUGCUCGGCAGCGACAGCAGCCUGCGCAGCCGGCGUGCAGCACUGCGGCGAGCGGCGGUCGAGCGACAACCGGUGGUGGGCGCUGCUGCGCUGGAUGCUGGCGAGCAGGAGCAGGAGCCCGAGGCAUACCCGGGCUUGCCGCGAGACUUUGAUGCGCAGGCCUACCUGAUGUACCAUCCUGACCUACGCAAGCUGGGCAUGAGCACAGCGGACGAGGCAAAGCAGCACUACUUGCAGCAGGGGCGGGCCGAGGGGCGGCCAUACAAACGGCUGCGUGUGCUGCUGCGCUACACUGCAUGCACGGGGCUGAUUAAUCAGCACUACAGCCACAUCGCAGCCUUCACCCUGGCAGCGGCCCUGGGCGCAGAGCUGGUGCUGCCGCCCGCGGUGUGCCGAGACUCGUUUGCGCACUACUUCAGGAUGGAGGGCGUGUAUCUUCGGAAUUUGGACCUUGCAGACCUGAUGGAACGCGCCCGGAUGGCGGUGGUGGGUCAGGCCACCAGCAUCCUACGGGACGACCCAGCGGCAGACUUGCAGUACGUCGUGUUGGACAUGCCGUGCAGCUUCUUCUCCCUGCGAUCGCUCAGCAACUUGCCCGUGGUGACAGAGGUGGCCAAAAGCCUAGUAUUUGCUCCGGAGCUGCUUGCCAUGGCCGAUCGCAUUGUCGAUGCAAUGACAGAAGGGAGCGCCCAGCCCUUCAAUGGCCUGCACCUGCGCAUCGAAAAGGACGCCCGCGACUGGGCUACCAUCAUGGGCGGCCAGCAGGCAAGCUGCCUGCGGGUGGUAUGGAAGGGCUACAUUUCUACCAUGCGCAGCGUGGGUUUUAACAGCACGACUCGCAUCUACGUGGCAUCCGGCAUGCUCACCUACGGCGCCUCUGUUGAGAUGGAUCGCACCAAGAACUACCUGAUGCACACCGGCGUAUGCAGCCGGGUGCACCAUAAGGAGCAGUACAUCCCACAGAAGGAGCUGGAGGUGUUGAAUAGCGAGCAAAAGGCGCUGCUGGACUUCCUGGUGCUGGCACGGGCGCAGCGCUUUGCCGGCUUUGGCUCCUCCACCUUCUCCUUCUACCUGCGCGAGUAUCGAGCGCUUCAUGGCAUCCCACGUUCAACCUCCGCUCUGGUGGACGCCCACGUGAUUGGCACUGAUAACCUCUUCCACACGGCGGGGACGAUUGUCUGGAAUGGACAGGCGCUGGAAGGACGAAUCUAG